UCAGCGGUGACGUCAUCACGCAGCCAUUCUGUCGACGUGGCGUAAAGCGUUUAGCAGCGAGCAGCUCACAGCAGCAGUGACCGUGAAGACGCUCUCGGUGUGUGCGGGGAGUAUGGACGUUAUCCAGGUCGACUGAUUGCUCGGUGUUCACGUUGUUCAGUGAAGAAAAAAUGUCCAGUAGAAGCCAGCACUAUGGGUUCCAGUCCGCCACCAUGGUGCAGCCUGCCAAUGGCGGUCAUGCCUAUCUGUUUGGAAACAAUGGCUCGGAGAAUGACCUGUCAGAGGAGGACGGAGACGUCUAUGAGCUGCGGCCACGUGGCAGAGAGAGACUGCGGAGGAGCACCUCCAGAGAGAGGAUGGAGGACAUUAUCUACCUGACCAGAGAUAUCCAGGAGGGGGACACCCUGAACAGCAUCUCCCUGCAGUACCACUGCUCAGUGGCUGAUAUAAAACGUGCCAAUAACCUCUUGACGGAGCAGGAUUUCUUUGCCCUCCGGUCAGUUAAGAUUCCCGUGAGGCGUUUCAGCGUCCUUACAGAGACUCACAGCACUACAGCUCUCAAAUCUGCCUCGCCCUCACGUGCCAGGCACUCGCCACAGGCCUCUUCCGUUACCUCCCUGCCCUCCGAGUCCUCCACAGACUCUUGUUCUUCCACCGACAGCGUGGAAGGAUUCCUCCAGGAGAAGGACAAGGACAUUGAGCGGUUGGUGAAAUCCACAGGUCCGUCUCGGAGCAGCCUGAAUGAGGUCGUAUCCUCCUUAACACUGCAGCAACAACAGCCACUGCUAGGAGAAGUCGAGUACAAACCGGCACAGAGGAAGGACCCUUAUUAUGGGGCAGACUGGGGCAUGAGAUGGUGGACGGCUGUGGCCAUCAUGCUGGUUGUCGGCAUCGUCACACCUGUGUUUUAUCUGCUGUACUAUGAGGUUCUCAUGAAAGCUGAUGUCAGCCAUCACGGCAUUCCUACACAAGUUAAUGGCGACAUGUCUCCUGGAGAAGGGAAAAAUGUCCUUCCUGUUGGGGAAGGGAACCAUGAAGGGGCUGGACCUGGACAUGGUGGGAAUGUGGGUAAAGGAGAUCCCCAGGGACCCGAUGUGAACAAAGCAGGCGGGGAACAGAGAAUGCUUGGGAACACAUAACAAGGGAUUACAACUCGGCGUACAAAUUUGUUGCUAACUCAGAGACAUAAUAAUAAAAUUGGAUCGAGUAGUUUUUAUAGAAAUACAUCAAUGCAAUCUGCCUGACUGGGACAGUCACUUUAUAGUGGGGCACAGACUUUUCUUUUUUAAAUAAAGCUGAGAGACUAGGAGUCAGGGUGUGGUCAGUCAUUCCUCGUGUGCCAAAAAUAAACGUUUGGCUGAACUUUUUUCAAAAUGACAUAUUUCAGAGUUGUCAUCGUCAGUGUAGCAAGUGGAAUUGAGGUGAUGGUUUUGAUAUCGAUGCUGCUGCAUUCUCAGUGAGUGAGCUACACACAAACUCUGAUAUAUGGCAGCGCGCAAACCGGUUUCGGUUUGUUCAGUAAAUGAGCAGUGGCCACACCUGAAGAGAACGAUUCAUUCUAGUAAUGGAUUACUUAGUCCAGUUGUAUAGAAACAGUGUAUUUUCCAAUGCCAUUGCAGCCAGUGUUUAAUAUAGAAUUAAUUUAUUUCAGGACUCUUGAGAAUUAGCCUUUACUUACACUAUCAGUAUUGGGAGUUCCCAGGUAAAUUAUGUUUUCUGAAUGUCCAUGAAAGUUGCUUGAAUUGUUCUUUACUUUAGAGCUUGCCAUUUUUUUUUUCUUUUCUUUCCUCCAGUUAAAAAAAAACAACCUCGGAGCAUGGUGAGGAAAAUGAGUGAUGCACAUAAUUCCCACAAUGACUCAUACUUGUAAUUAUGUGAAAUUUUAGACUUUGUUAUAUAGCCCUUUUUUAUUUUAUCACUGUGUUCACUUGACACUUCAUGGAAAAAAAAGCAUAAUGUGUUGUUGACAGUACGUGCCUUUCAAACUGUGGAAAUGUGCUACAGGCUGGAAAAUAAAUACAUCUAUUUUGAAUAAAUUAUUGCCAGUA